AUGAAGUGCUUUAACUUAAUCGUGCUUUCGCUACUGCUGAUUUUGGCUCAAUUUUAUUCAGCAGCUGAUGGAUAUAGCCAUCGUCAUCCGGGCUUUGCCCAACGCUUGCAGAUCAAGCCAGGCUGCUUGCAGCUGCCUCAGCUAUACACCGAGGCUCCAACUCCAACGCCCACCAUUAUCUUUUCCUCGUUGGAAGAGGUAGAGAUGGCGGACAUCAGGAGAGUAGAAACAGAUUAAACAUCUUCUAGAGCAAAUUC